AUGUUUCAUAAAAUUGGUUUUUUUCGAGUAUUUAUAUCACUGUCAAACCCCAAGAUAUCAACAGUCUUCAUCACUCAAUUACUUGCCUACAUCUCACCUGCCAAAGGUCAUCCCAUAAAUCAUUUCCACCACCGAAUUAUCGACACCAUGAAGUUCAACUUGACUUCUUUCCUUGCUCUGGCAAGCAUGUCAAUGAAUGGUGCUCUUGCCGGCAUCAAUUGCAAUGGCAAUGCCCUAUGCUCCUCAACAGCCGGAACCCUCGGCAAACUUAUUGGAUAUUCAAACUCGAUCGACCCUAACCGUUGGUAUAACAAUGGGGAGCAAAUUGUUUGCCAGUUGAAUCAACUUGGAACUGGACUUUGCGCGUACCUUCAGAAUACUGGCGGUGCUCCUGGUAGCUCAAUCAAGCCUCUACUUGAGCAACUGUCUUAUCAUGGAUGCAACAAAUGCGGCAGCAUCCCGUUGUUUUAUCCCCAAGGAGAUAACAGUGAUGCAAGCCACGGAGUCCUUACUGUCAACUACGUUGCCAAUACUCACGGCUGCAAUGGCCUUUGCUAG